AUGAAAGAAGUAAGUGUGAGCACAGUAAUGGGUAGUGCAAAUAUAAUUGAGGGCUCCGGAAGAGCGUGCAUAUUAUUGCCUAUGGGCACGCAAUUUGAUAUUGCUGAUGCAUUACACUCACCUAAGUCGAAUAGAAACUUAUUGAGUUUCAAAGAUAUUCGCAGAAAUGGAUAUCACAUUGAGACUGUGAGUGAAGGAAAGGUUGAAUACCUUCAUAUUACACGCAUUACCCAAGGUUCUAAAGCCAUUGUAGAAAGGCUACCUGCGUUCUCCACCGGAUUGUACUUUACGAAUAUAAAUACAAUCGAGGCAAAUAUAGCCGUACACCAGAAGUUGUUGACCGGACACCAGAAGUUGUCGGUCGUACACCAGAAGUGUAAUGAAAAUUUCAAUGUUUGGCAUGACCGGUUAGGCCAUCCCGGUACAGGAAUGAUGCGAAAGAUAAUCAUUAAUUCAUGUGGACACUCAUUACAGAACCAGAAGAUUCUGCCUAAUGAUUUCACAUGUGCUGCUUGUGCACAAGGCAAGCUGAUCAUAAGGCCUUCACCAGCCAAAAUGAUUGCUAGACCACUACUUAUGAGAUCCCAACUUCCUGUGUCUGCUUGGGGACAUGCUAUUUUGCAUGCAGCAACACUGAUUCGCAUCAGGCCAACAAGUAAUCAUAAGUUCUCCCCAUUACAGUUGGUUCUUGGCAAAGAACCAAAUAUCUCCCACCUAAAGGUUUUUGGGUGUACGGUGUACGUCCCGAUUGCUCCACCACAGCGAUCUAAGAUGGGACCUCAAGGAGAUUGGGAAUAUAUGUUGGAUAUGAUUCUGCAUCAAUCAUAA